CGCGGGGUCCGCCGCCCCCCUGGGGAGACAGGGGCCUGCGAGGGGGGUGCUGCUGUCCGCAGCAGCUUUGGGAACUGACCGCAGGGGUCGUUACUAGGACUGUUUUUUCCUCCCUCAAAGACUUAUUGGUUAUCCCUUAUUGAACUUUGAGACAGAUAAGGCUAGCCGGAUUUUCUAUCCAAGUGUUUUAAAAUAUGAUGUCUUUGAGGACAGAGAGUUCUGCCUCCGCACAGCUCACCUCGUAUUCCAUUUCGCUUUUUUUUUUCUUUGUGAGCUGGUCUAUGCAAACGUCCAAGUGGAAGCUACACUGUCGUAGAUUUGCAUUCGAUGUUGACAAUAUUUUCUGUACAAAAAGUAAAGGCAAAUUGCGAGUGAUUACUUUUUGUCUGAAGGGCAACCAGUGAACGUUGGCUUCUUUAUUAAGGAAUGGAAAGAGUCUGUUUAGUCCUCAAGAUCUUUGAAGUGCUCACAGCUUCCACCAGUUACACUGAUAAUGGUAAAGGAACAGCUUUUCAUCCCACCUGAUGCUUGGUGGGAUUUUGCUAGGAUGUUAUAUUGGAGAGCAUUUCAGAAGUGUAGCAUUAACGUUGUAUUCUAUUCUCUAUAUCUUGCUCAUAGAGGUUAGUUGGAUAUCUUUUCAGUUUCAAGCUGUUCUAAUAACUAAUAUUUUGUCAUAGAUUAAAAAUAUUUGGGGUAGAAAGACUCGUGGAAAGUAAACAUGUUGGUUACAUAUUCUUCCUUAGAAAUAACUUACAUUUUGGGUUUUUUUUCAGAUGCAAGCAUCUCUGCGUCAUCAUCUUUACAAAGCAAGGGGAAUAUUUCUUUAUUGGGAAAUAGGAAGCUUUUUUUUGACACUCAUGCGCUGGUGUGCCUCUUCGAAGAAAAUGGGUUCACUACUCAGCAGUCGGAGGUCAUUGUAUCUGCAUUAGUGAAAAUUAUGAACACCAACCUGGAUGUGAUUUACAAGGACAUGGUCACCAAAGUACAGCAGGAAAUUGCACUUCAGCAAGUAAUGUCCCAUAUUGGUGGUGUGAAAAAGGACAUGAUUAUUUUGGAAAAAAGUGAGUUUUCAGCACUUCGUUCUGAAAAUGAGAAAAUAAAACUUGAACUCCAGCAGAUAAAGAAGCAAGUCAUGGAUGAAAUUACCAAAGUUCGUGCAGAUAACAAGUUAAACCUAAACCUAGAGAAGAGCAGAGUAAAAGAAUUGUACUCACUUAAUGAAAGAAAACUACUUGAAAUGAGGACAGAAGUAGUGGAAUUGCAUGCACAACAAGAUCGAGCUCUGACCCAAACAGACAGAAAAAUAGACACAGAAGUUGCAGAUCUGAAAACAAUGCUUGAAUCGCACAAACUUGAUAAUAUUAAAUACUUAGCAGGUUCAGUAUUUACAUGCCUUACUGUAGCACUGGGAUUUUAUCGUUUAUGGAUAUAAUCAAAACAUCAAUUUAAAGGGACUUCUACUGUCUUGGUUUCUAAAAAAAAAGUUUUAUCUUUGCCUGGACUUUAACCAAGUCUUGACUGGUUUAUUUAUUAUUUUUUUUGUAAAGCAGACUGUAUUGAGAAUGUAACCAAAGGUGUGCCUAGAAACAAACUGUACACAUAUUGUGUGUAUUUUGAAACUUACCUCUGAUGAAAGUGUGGUAUGUGCGUUUCUGUUGUUUCCUUCCAUUCUGAACUGCCCUACACCUUGCUGCUACGAAGUGUCAUACAAGCAAAGACUGGCAUUUAUAACAGUCUUAUGGGACUGCGUGCCCUAGAGAAGAAUCUAUGGAAUUUUGUUCCGUUGCCUACUCAGACACACUUGCUGGAGUCAGUUGCAUGUAUCAGACUGAAGUCGGCUAUUAAGGUAAAACUGAAACUACACGUUUCGUGGCUUGGAGGCACUCUUGUAUAGGUAGAACUUGUGUUGACUGAAUGCUUACUUCGCUCCUUCUAACACUUGUUCAUAUAGUUACUGUCAUCAAAUGUUUGUUUUUCUAUUUUUAUAACAUUAUAGUUACCAGCUCAUUUUGCAGAUGGCUGUUCAAUCACUUAUGUUUCAUGAAAGAGUACUAUGUAAUGAUAGCAGUGUUUGCUGCUAGUUUUGUUUGUAAUGUAUUUGUAGAGGUUUUUGUGACUAACUUGCCUUUGGUACAUACAAGUAUUUGAUCCUCUCCAUAUGCUAAUUGUUAACUUUACCACUGUAACUGGAAGUUUGAAAUGCAGUAAAAUACACUAGUUGUGUUUAUAGUGAUAUGAAGUGUCUCUGGUGCUGCCUUCUUGAUGGAAGGGAGUUGAUGCUUCUAAAAAGGAAAGAGAUUUUAAAUUGUGGUUAUAAAGCAGGGUCUUAGGAAAGAGAAUUACAUACCAACAGUCUUCUGGGUUUUUUGUUGUUAAAA